AUGCAUUCUGUAUUUGGGAGCGUUGUGCGCGCGCUUCCCAUUGAAGCUGCCGCUCUGUCGGAACAGUGCAACAGCGAUGAAUUCCCUGAGAAAGUGAAUCUAACCCUUGGAGUGUAUCGAAAUUUCGACGGAAAAGCUGUAAGAAUGCCUGUCGUCAAGAAAAUGGAGCUCAGAAUGGCAAACGAUGAUUCGCUCAACAAAGAUUACCUUCCUAUUAUCGGGAAGGAAGCAUUUUGUUCCGCUGGUGUGCGCUUGCUCCUCGGAAAAAAUCAUCCUAGCUGUGUCUCAAGAUUGGCGGGAGGUGUUCAAACAAUUGGCGGAACUGGUGCCGUUUUCUUGUCCGCCAGAUUUCUUCAUAGAAUUCUCGGUUUUAAGAUCGCCUACAUUCCUAAACCCAGUUGGCCCAGUCAUAGGGGUAUUUGUGACCAUGAAGGGUACACUGUUAAGGAAUAUCGGUACUGGAAUUGGAACAAUCAAUGCCUUGACAUCAAUGGCAUGUUAGAAGACCUCUCCAAUGCACCAGAAUGGGCUGUUGUUAUUCUUCAUGCAUGUGCUCAUAAUCCCACUGGAAUGGAUCUAGCCAAGACUCAGUGGCUUGAAGUAGCGCGCAUAAUGAAGACAAGAAGGCUCUUCCCGCUGUUUGACAUCGCCUAUCAGGGAUUUGCAUCCGGUGAUCUUGACGAAGAUGCUUGGCCUAUUCGGAUGUUUAUAGAUCAUGGCUUUGAGUUAUUCGCUGCACAAUCUUUCUCAAAAAAUUUCGGUCUCUACAAUGAGCGGGUCGGAAACCUCAUCUUUGUGGCCCGAGACGCGGAGACGACGGCCUGUGUCAAAUCUCAACUUCUUGUUCUUGCGAGAUAUGUCUGGUCCAACCCCGUCAACCACGGCUCCUACAUUGUCUCUUCUGUGCUGAACGACCCCGAGCUUACCGAAGAGUGGAAACGCAAUUUGGCAGAAAUGGCCCAGCGCAUAAUUAAAACGCGUGAACUAUUCCACAAAAAACUCGAAGCUCUUGGUACUCCAGGAAACUGGGAUAAUGUGAUAAUUCAGCGAGGCAUGUUCUCAUACACUGGUCUCUCUCGUGAACAAGUCAAGCACCUACGCGAGAAGUAUCAUAUUUAUCUCACAGCUGAAGGUCGAAUGAAUAUGUGCGGAUUGAACUGGAACAAUAUGGACUACGUGGCAAAUGCCUUUCACGAAACUAUCACCGGUGGAUCGGUUUCAAACGUUGAUAACUGUGAUGGAAAUCGCUGA